AUGAUCAGAGACGUGGACUCUGGUGACGCGGCGCUUCUUGAACCUCCACCAUGCGCCAUUAUCAAGAUCAUGGUUGACUUCUCCCAAAUCACCAAGCAAGUCUGUGUGGGUGUCUAUCUCACGGAUGUCGACCUCCAUGCCACGUUUGGAAGGGCCUCGCAGAUCGAACAGGGGUUGGAUCGUUGGAUCGCGGACUUGCCUGCGAAUAUCCGGCCUCGGCUCCAAUCGAAUGGAAUCAUUUCUCUGCGGGAUGCGAGAGCGCCACGCUGGGUGAAGAGGCAACGAUUGGUGCUAACGAUAAGGUAUCACAAUCUACGGACUCUCAUGUUCGGCGCACUACUUCUAAGAUCUACGAAAGAGGAGCGAAUAGCAUUCCCGGAGUCGUACCAAGGCGUACAGAAAUGCCUCGAGUCAGAUAGACAAACCAUUGAGAUUAUCUAUGAGGCGCUUCAGCACAACGACUUCUUCCGCACCUGGUUCUAUAAUACUACGUACACCGUCUACGCCGCUUCCAUCAUCCUUGUCUACAUCACACGUGAAGCUCCUCAAGGUGAAAUUCAGUCUCUGCAACAGUUGGUCGGCAUGUCCAUCGACAUCUUGGAGCUCAUGAACGAGAGUGUCGUUACUCAAGCGGCAGCCAAAAUGCUCAAGAAAGCCAAAGAUGCCACAGAGCAGGGACCAGAUGUGAGCACUGAAGUCAUCGAAGACGGUCGCCUGCUCAAUCAUUAUUGGGGCCGCCUUGACCUGAUCGAUGGAGACUUCUGCUCCACGUAG